UAUUUUUUUCUGAAAAGAAAGCUGAAUUUGUGUUUCAUACAAUUCUGAUUUCAAUGGCGAGGCCUAAUCAGGAUGCAAUUGAGACAUUCAUCCACAUCACAGGCUUAUCUGAAGCAAUCGCAGUGCAAAAGCUCGAGGAGCAUGGGGGUAACCUUAAUGAAGCUGUCAAUGCACAUUUUAGUGAAGGAGACAGAAAUUUGUCAACCAGCACGCACGAUACCUCUGCUGCUGUUCCACAAGUUCCACAAGAUGAUUUCAUGGAUAUAGACAAUGAACGUCCUGUUGAAUUUCGCGGACCUCUUUCACUUUUAUCUUCGGCAAGAAAUAAUCCGUUUUCUCUUCUAGAUCCAACAUUUGGACGAAGUAUACUUGAUACUCAUCUUGAUUCAACAAACCAAGCACCGUUUGUUACUCAUCCAAGAGAGGUAAGGGAGAUUCCCAUAGAGUUUAAGGAUGGUAAUCAAUCCACUCCUCAAGCUGGCCAUGUUCCAACUGUUGAGGAUGUCACUGGAAGUGUUCAUGCCCAUGGUCCAGAUAAUUAUGGGACUGUCAUAAUUAAUGAUGAAGAUGAUGAUGAUACUUCACCUGCCCAGAAUGCAUAUCAGGAUGAGCAAAAACAGAAGAUCUUGGCUGAUACAUCACUUGACAGAAGUGCUAGACCCAGUGCUCCUACAUUUGAUAAUUUACCAGAUUACAGCAAUGACAUAGAAGAAGAAAUGAUCCGUGCAGCAAUUGAGGCUUCGAGACGGGAGGCCGAGGAAAAACACCCAAAUCACAACCUUGGUAGACAAAUUGAUUUAAGUGAAUCUGGGCCUCAGCCAAGGCAAUCUGAUUUGGAGGAUCCUGAGCUUGCCCAUGCAGUUUCAUUGUCCCUGAAGGCAGCUGAGCAAGAAAAAGCAUGGCGUGGGAAAGGAGAUGUUGGGGCACCAAAAGUAGGUUCAUCUAAGUCGUCUGAGGUGGAACUAGGGGAAGUGGCAUCAAGUGGAAGAUUGCAGACAGGAAGCUCAUCCAUCCAAGAAGAAGGUGAAGACUUAGAAGAGCAACCUCUGGUUAGGAACAGGUCUAGACGUACAUCUUUGGGCUUCAGAGAGUCAGCCAAAGAUGUUGAAGUUAUUGAGGCUAGCACACUGCCAAGCACAGGACAGCAGGAUGACAGCAAUCUUCCUCAGCUUAAUGGAAACUCCUUCCCUGAUGAGUGGGGUGGCAUUUCUUCUGAGGAGCAUGAUGAAGCAGUUAUGCUUGAGGCUGCAAUGUUUGGUGGGAUCCCAGAAGGGAGUGAGUAUCGCUAUCCUUAUGCUCCGCAUGAGUUCAUCCAGAGCAGGGGUUUCUAUCCUCGCCCAACACCUCGCCCACCUUCACCAUCAUUGGCAGCUCAGCGCCUGAUAAGGGAACAACAGGAUGAUGAAUAUCUUGCAUCCUUACAAGCGGAUAGAGAAAAAGAGUUGAAAGCCAUAGAAGAAGCCGAGGCUGCGCGGGAAGAGGAAAAGCAGAGAGAGGAAGAAUCUCGCAGGAAAUUACAGGAAGAGCAGGAAUUAGAAACAGAGUUAGCUGCAAAAGAAGCCUCUUUACCACCAGAACCAACCUCCGAUGAUGAGAAUGCUGUGACCUUGCUAGUGAGAAUGCCAGAUGGCAGCCGUCGUGGACGCCGAUUCCUUAGAUCUGAUAAGCUACAGUCUCUUUUCAACUUCAUAGAUAUUGGUAGGGUGCUGAAACCAGGCAGUUACAGACUGGUGAGACCUUAUCCUAGGCGUGCUUUUACUUAUGAAGAAAGUGCAUCAAUACUUGAAGAACUUGGCCUGACCAACAAGCAAGAAGCCUUGUUUUUGGAGUUAAUCUAAUGCCCUGAUGCAGAUUUUUAGAAAACAUUUGAUUGAAGCUUUUAGUUUAUUAUUAAAUUAUGAAUCCAUACACCCGACCAUAUGGAAUUUCAAUCUGGUUUAUGCUGUUUGGAUGAAGAUAUUUAUAAAAUUUCUGUUCUACAAGAUCAGAAUCAGAUGUACAAAACUAUCCGUUUUUACAUGUGAUGAAUAUCC